GUGUUCAGUGCAGUGUGUCUGUAUGACGACAUAUGGAUCUCUUACUACAGCAAUGAAGAAGGAACCUGGAAAAGAGACUGCUUGGAUGCAGAAAUCUGGAGAGAUACCAAAGAACCUCUUGAUUCUAGAGACUGGUUCAUAAAUCAGGUUAACACUCUGGCAAACUGCACAAGCUCCAGAUGUGAUGGCCUCCAUACACUACAGAGGAGAGUUGGCUGUGAGGUGAAGAAACGUCCAGAUGGAUCAGUGAUGAAUGUGAAUGCGUUUGAGGAGUACGGAUAUGAUGGACUGGAUUUUAUUGCCUUUAAUCAUUACACAAUGCAGUGGAUUGAUAAAAGUCCAAAGGCAAAAGAAACCAAAAUGAAAUGGGACGCUGACAGAUUUCGCAAUAAGCUUCUCCAGUUAUACCUCAACAACUGCAUGGACUGGAUCUCCACAUAUAAUGCUUCGGAAAACACUCCUCCAGUUCUUCACAUGUUUGCAUCUGCAGCUCCUCGUGACCAAAGCGAGCUGAUUCUGACCUGUCUGGCCACUGGCUUCUACCCCAAACACAUAGAGAUGAACAUCACACUAAACAACAUCACACUCCAACCCUUCAGCUCUAGUGGAGUCAGACCUAAUGAUGAUCAAACCUUUCAGACGACAACCAGUGUGAAGAUACACAGAGAUGAGAAACAGAGUUAUGAGUGUCGUGUCCUAUGGAAGUCUGGAAUCUAG